UUUUCAUUUUUAAAUUUCUCAUAUAUCCUCAAAACCGUGUUCCCCUUUUUAACUCGUUCCAACAAUAUAUACAUAUUCAAAUAAUAAAUCCUUCUUCCUUAGUUCCUUUCCUUCUAUAAGGUCAUCAUUCCCAAUUAUAUAAGAAAACAAAAUAGAGGAGCUAAUAAAGUUUCUCCGUCCACAUGGGGCUUAAGACACAUCCACCGCCACUCGUCCCCCACUGUCGCCGUCGCCUCCACCUACUCCUCCUCCUCUCUUUCCUCCUCAUUCCGGCCAAUGCCGCCGCCGCUCCGAUCUCCGGCUCAUUCCGUGAAGCUCCGGAGUUUUACAACUCCCCUGAGUGCCCCUCCGUGAUUUCCGCAACUGAUAUCGAGGUCAAUCCCGACUUUAAACACAACGACGCCGCCUACAUAUGCUCCGAUGCCGCCGUGCACGUCGCGAUGACGCUCGACGCCGCCUACAUCCGCGGCUCCAUGGCGGCGAUCCUCUCCAUCCUCCAGCACUCGUCCUGUCCCCAGAACGUCGUCUUCCACUUCGUCGCCUCCGCCUCCGCGGACGCGUCGCUGCUACGCGCCACGAUCGCGUCCUCGUUCCCGUUUCUCAGGUUUCAGGUGUACCGGUUCGACGAUUCCUCCGUCGCGGGGCUGAUCUCCACCUCCAUCCGCUCCGCGCUGGACUGUCCGCUGAACUACGCCCGCAGCUACUUGGCCAACAUUUUGCCGCUCUGCGUCAGGAAGGUCGUCUACCUGGACUCCGAUUUGGUCCUCGUCGACGACAUUGCCAAGCUCGCCGCCACGCCUCUCGGAGAAAACCGAGUCCUCGCCGCGCCGGAGUACUGCAACGCGAAUUUCACAUCCUAUUUCACGCCGACGUUCUGGUCAAACCCCUCCCUCUCCCUCACCUUCGCGAAUCGGAACGCCUGCUACUUCAACACGGGGGUUAUGGUGAUAGAUCUCGAUCGGUGGAGAACAGGGGACUAUACGACGAAGAUCGAGGAAUGGAUGGAGUUACAGAAGCGAAUCAGGAUCUACGAGCUGGGCUCGCUACCGCCGUUUCUGUUAGUCUUCGCCGGGAAAAUAGCUCCGGUAGAUCACCGGUGGAACCAGCACGGGCUGGGGGGAGACAACUUCCGGGGGCUCUGCCGCGAUUUGCAUCCCGGACCGGUGAGUCUUCUCCAUUGGAGUGGGAAAGGGAAGCCGUGGGUCCGGCUGGACGCUAACAGGCCUUGCCCCUUGGAUGCUCUGUGGGCCCCAUAUGAUCUGUUGAAAUCUCCAUUUUCUUUCGAUUCAUGAAUUAUGGUAACAAAAAAGAAAAAGAGUCUGCCUCAAAUUGUAUCGUAUAUAAAAAAAUACAGGAGAAUAUGGAGCGGGUCAGUGACUCAGUGAUCUGAUUUCUGGGCGAGUUCGUCGUUAUACUCAGAGCUGGGUUGGAGGGACGCUGCUGAAGAUCAGAUUUCCAAAUUUUUUUUCUCGUUUAUCUUGCUGGAAGGAGGUAAAACGUUAAAACAGAAAUAUAGAAAGGAUUCCUUUUUUUAUUAUUAUUUUCUUUGGAUUUUUUGCCAAUGAUUGUACGAAUUAUUUGUAUAUUGUACAGGAGAAGAGCUAAUUUUGGCGGUGGCGAUGAUGAUGUAUUUUCUUAUCAUCAUCAACAUUUCAAAUAAGAAUAUAAAGGGAGAUUGGCAUUUUUUCUCACCUUCCAUUUUUAGUGUCACCAUUAUUCUCUUAUUGAUGUAAAUGUCCUGUUUUAUUUGUGUUUUGGUAUAUGCUAAUUAUUCUAAACUUUUGUAUGCCAGCAACGGACAUUCUCUUGCGAAUAAAUUCAAUGCAUAAAUU